AGCACUGAAAUAUCUCGGUAAAGAACGGCUGCAUUGUUAACUGCACCAAGGCAGGCUUUGGCAAACUACGGGGGCGCUUACUACAGCCACAAUAAUUUGACCAAGUCCGAAACUACUGGCCUCGAUUGUUAAUAGGGAGAAUGCGCUUCCAUAGCUCGAGUGGAUGUGUAGAGAUAUUUUGGUUCUCCGCGAUUAAAACAGACGACAAGUCCUGGAGCGACGGCACAAUCGCGGAGGCGUUUAGCCUACAGUAGAAUUUCUGCAACAACUUUUUUUUUUUUUUUUUUUUUUUUUUUUUGCUUUGAGCAUCACUUCGCCCAAAAAUUGACAAAAUGGAGAUUCAUGAAGCCGCGGCCGGGCCAGGCGACGGUGUGCUAGAUUUUUCCCAUUUGAAUCUGAACACUUUGAGUGUUGACAGUAUCCGCGAGGAGAGAAAAAGGGACACCAAGCAGCUGUACCUGAAUCACAACCGACUGGCCUCCCUCCCCUCAUCUAUUUGUUUUUUCUCCAAUCUUGAGCUUUUGGACAUUAGUAAUAACGGACUGACGGCCAUCUGUGAAGACAUCGUAGGGCUGCGCAAGUUGAAAACCCUCAUAGCCAAGAACAACCGCCUGGACGAGUUUUCUCUGCCCAAGGAGUUCGGCUCUAUGCAGCUGGAGGUGUUGAACUUUAGUGGGAACCGAUUUGAGGAGAUCCCGCUGCAGUUUGUGAAGCUGCAGCGCCUGCAGUCACUGUCGCUCGGUGGAAACAGACUGAAAAGCAUACCUGCAGAGAUAGAAAACCUAACCAGUCUAGAGCUGCUGUACCUGGGUGGUAACCUCAUCACAGCCAUUCCUCCGGAGUUGGCCAACCUGCCCUACCUCAGCUACCUGGUCCUGUGUGACAACCGCAUCCAAAGUGUUCCCCCACAGCUCACCAGGCUCCACUCUCUGCGGUCCCUCAGUCUCCAUAACAACCUGUUGACCUACCUGCCCAGAGAGAUCCUCAGCCUGGUUCACCUGCAGGAGCUCAGUCUCCGCGGCAACCCGCUGGUGGUACGCUUUGUCAAAGAGAUGACCUAUGACCCCCCCUCGCUGCUGGAGCUGGCGGGCCGUACCAUUAAGAGCCGCAAUAUUCCCUACUACCCCUGCGACCUGCCCGCCCACCUGCUGCACUACCUGGACCUAGCCAGCAAGUGUCCCAACCCCAAGUGUGCUGGCGUGUACUUCGAUUCUUGUGUCCGCCACAUCAAGUUUGUGGACUUCUGUGGGAAGUACCGGCUGCCCCUUAUGCACUACCUGUGCUCCCCAGAAUGCACCUCUCCCUGCAGCUCCAACCCCCAGAGCGACGCCGAGUCGGAGGACGAGAGCAGCGUGCCGGCCGACCGCCUGCAGAGGGUGCUUCUGGGAUAGGAGGAGACAGAGGCGCCUCCGAACCUCAGGCCCAUCCCUGUCCUGCCGCUCCCUCACUGUCUUCAGGUGUUUUCUACAGACAUGGACUUAAUGUUGGACUUUAUUCCAUACACGCCUGCAUGCAUACUCACAUACAAGGACACACACCUAACCACACACACACCCCCACAUAAACCUACAAUGUAACGUUUAGAAUGUAGCCCUUUCUAUUGUGGUACAGAAAAAAUACAUCAGCCGACCUUAUUUUAUGCAUGUUGGCUGACAUGCUUCAGUUUACUCUUUCACCACAUCUCAAUCCAGGUGACAUGACAGAAGGAAAUCUCCACAGAUCUGUGUUUCUGUCUACUCUAACGUGUCAGUCUCACGGUCAACAUAUGAGGGCAGCAAAACUCUCAUUUGAACUGUGAGCGCGAGGGAGGAGCAGAACUCUUUGCCUUUUCAGGACAGCACACUUUGCCUUGUAUGUGAGACUUGAUGGUUUAUUUGCCACAGCACAUUAUUUUGCUUUUUCAGUCAGGAUAUGAGGGGGUUUUCUCGCAGGUAGCUGAAAACACGGAGCCUAUGUUCUUUUGUUCAUCAAAAGGCAUGGUUUUCCUAACACAGACAAGAUUUCUUGUAAAUUUCUCUCACUGAGAAAGCACCGAAGCUGCCAUCCCUGCUAGGUUUUAAAAACCAAUAGGCUCUGAGCUUGAGUUUUUCGCUACAUCCACUACAUUCAUUAAUGAGUGCUUUGGGUGGGAUGGCCUUAUUAGGUAAGAGUUUAGUCUUGUUAGGCUGUUCAAAUUUACAAAUAUCAAGAAAUUCUUUGUCAGUGUUUUUGUCAGCACCAUUACCUUCAUACCAUGAUUUGAAAAAUUUCAAUGGGGAACUAUUUGUGCAAAAUUAGUUAAAGAAAUCUCCAAGAAAUCUUGUCGUGUCAGCCCAGCCCCACAGGAAGUGGAUCGUGGGUGGGCCAGGGUGAACCCCCCCCUCCUCAAUUCACUGUGUUAGCACAGAAACAAUAGCUGGCCAGUAAAACACAAUGGCAGCCUCUUAAGUGUUUAUGUUCAGGGCUGUUGGUUUUCUCUGGGCAUAAAUAUCUAGAUGUGUGAUGUGAGCUUUCAGGUUUUUCUUUUCCAGGAUUGCAAUCACCUUGGUACAGAAAUCUCCCAUUCCUUUCUAAUUGGAGAUUUCCAGCUUCUUUUGCAUUUGUAUUCCUGAUCACGUCGCACAUGCACAAGAAGAGCUCCGGCUGGCUUCACAUUAGAUCAUAAAAGAACUCCUUUAUGUUACAGUAGCAGCUACAGUAGAGCUUUUUGUAUUUGCUAAGUGCCUCACUGAUGAUGGUGAUUUCUAACACAAGGAAAUAGAGUAUGAAGAAAUGUGAUACGUGCACCCUGAAAUGUGACAAGAUUAACCUUCAUGGAUCAAUGAGUCUUUUUGUAAUGAUUUUUGCAUUCAUGAGCUUAACCGCAAUGAGGUGAAAAUGACCUCUUUUGUAACAAAAGGUACUGCUUUUAUACAAAUCUAUUGUCAAGCACACUACAAAUUAAGACUAAUACUAAGGCAAUAUGUUUAUGGAUGAGACUUGCUGAAUAGAUGGUUCUUAUAUGGGAAAUUAUAUGUUGGUACACAUUAAUUAUAUGUACUUUUAACAUCUCAUAAUAUAAGUAGACUGUACAGUAUAUAAUAACAGUAAUAAUAAAGAUUGAUUUUAAUCUCUUGGA